AUGGCCGAUGAGAAGAUUGCGCAGCCCUCCACCGAGCAGAAGGAGGCAGCCGGAGAGGCCCAGGAGGUCAGGGUCGCCCAUGAUGCCCUCAACGCCAAGUACAGCCCCUGGACCUGGUCGAUGAUCCGGCUCUACUUGGUUCUCAUCAUUCCAUACCUGUGUGGAACUUUGAAUGGGUACGAUGGCUCGCUCAUGGGAGGCUUGAAUGCGAUGGACACCUAUCUGGACUUUUUCAAUAUGGAAACGUCCGGCUCCAGCACAGGUAUCGUCUUUGCGCUCUACAACAUCGGCUCCAUCCCAGCUGUUUUCUUCACCGGACCGGUCAAUGACUACUGGGGCCGACGAUGGGGCAUGUUCGUCGGUGCCCUGAUCAUCGUCAUCGGGACAUGCAUCCAAAGCCCGUCCGUCAACAGAGGGAUGUUCCUCGCUGGGCGUUUUAUCCUCGGUUUUGGUGUCAGCUUCUGCUGUGUGUCUGCACCAUGCUACGUUAGUGAGUUGGCUCAUCCAGCAUGGAGAGGAACCAUCACCGGACUGUAUAACUGCACCUGGUACAUCGGCUCCAUCCUCGCCAGCUGGGUGGUGUACGGCUGCUCGCGCCUCGACAACGCCGACUCCUUCCGGAUCCCCAUCUGGUGCCAGCUCAUCUCAUCCGGCUUCGUCAUCAUCGGCGUCUGGUUCAUCCCCGAGUCCCCUCGCUGGCUGAUGGCGCAGGACCGUUCCCAAGAGGCCGCCAAAAUCCUGGCAACCUACCACGGCGACAACGACCUCGAGCACCCCAUCGUCGUCCUGCAGCUCAAGGAGAUGCAGCAAAGCAUCGCGACCGACGCAUCGGACAAGAAGUGGUGGGACUACCGCGAGCUGUACACCGGCCACUCCGCACGCCGCCGCCUCAUCUGCGUCCUGGGCAUGGCCUGCUUCGGCCAGAUCUCCGGCAACAGCGUCACCAGCUACUACCUGCCCGUCAUGCUUGAGAACGCCGGCAUCGUAACCCAGGGCCGAAAACUCCUCUUCAACGGCAUCUACCCACCCCUUUCCUUCAUUGGAGCUAUCGUCGGCGCCCGCAUGACAGACACGAUUGGCCGCCGCCCUCUGCUCAUCUACUCCCUUCUUUUCUGCUCGGUCGCGUUCGCAAUCAUCACGGGGACAUCGAAGCUCGCCACCGACGAUCCAACCAACAGCGCCGCGGCCAACACCACGAUCGCCUUCAUCUACCUCUUCGGCAUUGUCUUCUCCUUUGGCUGGACGCCGCUGCAGUCGAUGUACAUCGCCGAGACCCUAACAACAACAACCCGCGCCAAGGGCACAGCGGUCGGCAACCUUGCCUCGUCCAUCGCCAGCACAAUCAUCCAGUACAGUUCCGGCCCGGCAUUCAAGGACAUCAAGUACUACUUCUACCUGGUGUUUGUCUUUUGGGAUCUGAUUGAAAUCGUGAUCAUGUGGUUCUACUUCCCCGAGACGAAGGAUCGCACGCUCGAGGAGCUGGAGGAGGUCUUCUCGGACCCGAAUCCGGUCAAGAGGAGUCUGGUUAAGAGGGAUGCGUCGACGGUGUUGAAUACCAUGCAGGUUGAGGGGCAGGGAGUGAAUAAGGAGACGCGGGUCUAG